CCCCGAAACACGGGCUCUCUUCCUGUCAGGACUGAGUCAGGUAGAAGAGUCGAUAAAACCACCUGAUCGAGGGCAAAGGAAGGCACAGCGGGGCGAGGACUCGGCACCCGGCAGCCACCCGCAGCAGCGGAGCGCGGCCCGGCCAUGCCUGCGCUCUGGCUCAGCUGCUGCCUCGGCGUCGCCGCGCUCCUGCUGCCCGCCGCCCAGGCCACCUCCAGGAGGGAAGUAUGUGAUUGCAACGGGAAAUCCAGACAGUGCGUCUUUGACCAGGAGCUCCACAGACAGACAGGCAAUGGGUUCCGCUGCCUCAACUGCAAUGACAACACAGCUGGAGCUCACUGUGAGAGGUGCAGGGAGGGCUUUUACCGGCAGCGAGAGCGAGACCGCUGCCUGCCCUGCAGCUGCCACUCAAAAGGUUCUCUCAGUGCUGGGUGUGACAGCUCUGGACAGUGCAGGUGUAAGCCGGGUGUGACAGGACCCAGGUGUGACCGGUGUCAGCCUGGCUUCCAUAUGCUCACUGACACUGGGUGUGCUCGAGACCACAGACAACUAGAUCCCAAGUGUGACUGUGACCCAGCUGGCAUCUCUGGACCCUGUGAUUCUGGGCGCUGUGUCUGCAAACCAGCUGUCACCGGAGACCGCUGUGAUAGGUGCCGACCAGGUUACUAUCAUCUGGACAGCGCAAACCCGGAGGGCUGUACCCAGUGUUUCUGCUAUGGGCAUUCAGCCAGCUGCCACAGCUCUGCAGACUUCAGUGUCCACAAGAUCACCUCAACAUUCUAUCAGGAUGUUGAUGGCUGGAAAGCAGUUCAGAGGAACGGGGCUCCCGCAAAGCUCCACUGGUCACAGCGACACGGGGAUGUGUUUAGUUCUGCCCGAAGAUCGGACCCAGUGUACUUUGUGGCUCCUGCCAAGUUUCUUGGUAAUCAGCAAGUGAGUUAUGGGCAGAGCCUGUCUUUUGACUACCGCGUGGACAGAGGAGGUAGACACCCAUCGGCUUACGAUGUGAUCCUGGAAGGUGCUGGGCUACAGAUCAGAGCUCCCCUGAUGCCUCUUGGCAAGACACUUCCCUGUGGGAUCACGAAGACUUACACAUUCAGGUUAAAUGAGCAUCCAAGCAGUCACUGGAGCCCCCAGCUGAGUUAUUUUGAGUACCGAAGGUUGCUGCGGAACCUCACCGCCCUGAUGAUCCGAGCUACCUACGGAGAGUACAGUACGGGCUAUAUUGACAACGUGACCCUGAUUUCAGCCCGCCCUGUCUCUGGAGCCCCAGCACCCUGGGUUGAACAUUGUGUAUGCCCAGUGGGGUACAAGGGACAAUUCUGCCAGGAUUGUGCCUCUGGCUACAAGAGAGAUUCAGCGAGACUGGGGCCUUUUGGCUCCUGUAUUCCCUGUAACUGCCAAGGGGGUGGGGCCUGCGAUCCAGACACAGGAGAUUGCUAUGCAGGGGAUGAGAACCCAGACAUUGAGUGUGCUGACUGUCCCAUUGGUUUCUACAAUGACCCACACGACCCCCGUAGCUGCAAGCCGUGCCCCUGUCACAAUGGCUUCAGCUGCUCAGUGAUGCCUGAGACGGAGGAGGUGGUGUGCAACAACUGCCCCCCUGGGGUCACAGGUGCCCGCUGUGAGCUCUGUGCCGAUGGCUAUUUCGGAGAUCCCUUUGGGGAACGUGGUCCGGUCAGGCCUUGUCAGCGCUGCCAAUGCAACAAUAAUGUGGACCCCAACACCUCUGGAAACUGUGACAGGCUGACAGGCAGGUGCUUGAAAUGCAUCUACAACACAGCAGGUGUCUACUGUGACCAGUGCAAGGCAGGUUACUUCGGGGACCCGUUGGCUGCCAACCCAGCAGACAAGUGUCGAGCCUGCAACUGCAACCCCAUGGGCUCGGAGCCUGGAGAGUGUCGGAGUGACGGCAGCUGUGUUUGCAAGGCAGGCUUUGGAGGCCUCAACUGUGAGCACGCAGCACUGACCAGCUGUCCUGCUUGUUAUGAUCAAGUGAAGAUUCAGAUGGGCCAAUUUAGCCAGCAGCUUCAGAGCCUGGAAGCCCUGGUCUCACAGGCUGGGAGUGGUCGCGGUGGUGCGGUCUCCAGCUCGGAGCUGGAAGGCCGAUUGCAGCAGGCUGAGCAGGCCCUUCGGGACAUUCUGAGAGAAGCCCAGAUUUCGGAAGGUGCCAAGAGAACCCUCAGUCUCCAGCUGGCCAAGGCAAGGAGCCAAGAGAACAGCUACCAGAACCGCCUGGAUGACCUCAAGAUGACUGUGGACAGGGUUCAGGCCCUGGGCAGUCAGAAUCAGAACCGCAUUCAGGAUACAAGCAGGCUCAUCUCUCAGAUGCGCCUGAGCCUGGCAGAAAAUGAAGCUUCCCUGCAAAACGCUAACAUCCAAUCCUCAGAGCACUAUGCAGGACCAAAUGGCUUUAAAAGUCUGGCUCAGGAAGCCACAAGAUUGGCAGACAGCCACGUUGAGUCAGCUAACAGAAUGAAGCAACUAGCAAGGGAAACUGAGGACUAUUCCCAGCAAGCGUUGUCCUUGGCCCGCAAGGCUCAGAGUGGAGGAGGUAGAAGUGGCAUCUUGGACAGCACCAUGAUACAAGGUCUUAUGGGAAAGUUAGAAAACACCAAGUCCCUGGCCCAGCAGUUGUCAAGGGACGGUACCCAAGCUGACAUUGAAGCAGAUAGGUCUUAUCAACACAGUCUCCGCCUCAUGGAUUCAGCAUCUCAGCUCCAGGGAAUCCAUGAUCUGUCCUUUCAGGUGGAAACGAAGAGGAUCAGACAAAAAGCUGAUUCUCUCUCCAACCUGGUGACCAGACAGAUGGAAGCCUUCACGCGUGUGCAAAACAAUCUGGGGAACUGGGAAAAGGAAACACAACGGCUUUUACAGACUGGGAAGGACAGGAGACAGACAUCAGAUCAGCUGCUUUCCCGUGCCAGCCUUGCUAAAAACAGAGCCCAAGAAGCGCUAAGUACAGGCAAUGCCACUUUUUAUGAAGUUGAGAAUAUCCUGAAGAACCUCAGAGAAUUUGAUCUGCAAGUUGAAGACAGAAAAGCCGAGGCUGAAGAGGCCAUGAAGAGACUCUCCCAUAUUAGCCAGAAGGUUGCAGAAGCCACUGACAAGACCCAGCAAGCAGAAACGGCCCUGGGGAGUGCCGCUGCCGACACCCAGAGGGCAAAGAACGCAGCUAGGGAGGCCCUGGAGAUCAGCAGCGAGAUAGAACAGGAGAUAGGGAGUCUGAACUUGGAAGCCAAUGUGACAGCAGAUGGGGCCUUGGCCAUGGAGAAGGGACUGGCCACUCUGAAGAGUGAGAUGAGAGAGGUGGAAGAGGAGCUGGCCAGGAAGGAGCUGGAGUUUGACGUGGACAAGGACACCAUGCAGCUGGUGAUUACCGAAGUCCAACAAGCUGAUGCUAGAGCCAAGAGUGCCGGGGUUACAAUCCAAGACACGCUCAACACAUUGGACAGCAUCCUACAGCUAAUAGACCAGCCUGGCAGUGUGGAUGAGGAGGGACUGAUGCUGUUAGAACAAGAGCUUUUCCAAGCCAAGACCCAGGUGAACAGUCGACUGCGGCCCUUGAUGUCUGAGCUGGAGGAGAGGGCCCGGCAACAGAGGAACCACCUGCAUCUCCUGGAGACGAGCAUAGAUGGGAUUCUGGCUGAUGUGAAGAACCUGGAGAACAUCCGAGACAACCUGCCCCCGGGAUGCUACAACACUCAGGCUCUUGAGCAACAGUGAUGCUGCCAUAGAGAUUUCCCCGCUGAGAUUCUUGGGACAUGGACCUCAGGGAUCAGGAGCCAUCUCGUGUGGAUGGGGCGGGCUGAGGCUAUUUGAACAUGUUUAAUGGGUUUGUUCAGGUCUGUUGGACCCGAUUCCAUCCCUGAGACUAUGGGUAGAUGGAUGUUUUCCUGUACCAAUGUGGUACUGUUUGCUUGCUGGUGCUGGCAAUGAGGCAGAAGGCCCUGGGCAUGAGACUGAUCAAGGACCAACCACACUAACAAAUGUUGACCUCAGAGCUGCCAUAACCUGAGACCUGGAAUAUACAAAGUGCUGCUGUGUAAGUCAGGGCAGGAAAUCUAAUCCCACUGUGGCCAGUAAAAUACCCUUGCUUCACCCACUGCAAGCUUUUGUUGGCCAGAGUUUCUCCACUGCCCACCCAGUAGGUUAUGCCCUCUGCUUUCAGGCUGAGUGCAGUGAGCAGUGACGGGCAUAGGACUGGAAAUCUGGCCCAUGUGGAGCAGUGGUGCCAACUGUCACCUUCUCACCCUCAUGUUCUCAGCCUGAGUUGACAUCCUUUCUCCUAAUGCUGCCAGAAUAGCUCUGAGACUGCUUUCUAAUGAAAGCAUUUCUUACCAGCCAAGCAAUCAUUGGGAAAGUAUUUAAUUUGGGUUUCAAAGCGAUAUAAGAAAAUGUGUCUUGGGCAUUAAAGACAUAUUAAUCUCCAUCCAAUCCUCCAUUGCAAACUCGAAGACUCAUCUACAUCUGUAUGUGUAUCUUAUUUCCUUUCUCUUUCCCCAAAUCAAGGAUAAUCCAUCCAUCUAACAUAUAUUUAUUGAGUCCCUAGGAUGUGCCAGGGGUAAGUGGAACAGUCCUGACAUUAUCUACCCUCGUGAAGUUGACUGUCUAGUGAGAAGGAUAAACAUUAAAAAUAAUAAAUGGAAACUCCUAAGCCUUGUUCAUCUCAAGUGAUAUUUAUUGCCGUCACCCCUUAGGCUGGAACCUUGCUCAGGAGAACAUGUGUUCCAAAACAGCCCCGCUGGGGUUCUUGAGUUAGGGCAAAGCUGACAUGGUUUUGAGUUGUAUACAGUUUUCUGUGUUCCAACCAUCCCUCCACCCCUUCCCACAACAGACUAUUGCAACAGAUGGGUUGCAUCAGGGCAAUCCCAGUGGGAAUUGCUGAAGGAGCCAGAGGCACUCAUACCUCAGCUUGGAAGACUUGGGAACUGUUUCACAUCUGCAGUUCCUGGUCUUUUUGUGGAUGUGUGUCAAAUAAAGGA